CUUGAGCAAAACUUUGGCAUAUCUCGCGGUGGUGUGGCGGCGGCUACGAGCUGAUUCACAACUUUCGGGACGAAAUGGCGACCAGAAAGCACUAAAACAGGAGGCAGGAGGAUGUCUGUGGAGGUGGACGUGCUGCUGCAGGAGGCGAAAGAAAGCAUCGAGGCGGCCCAGAACUACCGCAGCGAACUCCAGCAGCGCCUGCAUGGCCUCAACCAGGCCCGCAAACAGGUCCGGGGCAGCUCGGGUCAGGCCCGCGAGGUCCUCCGCCGGCACUUCGCCGAGCUGCAGGCGGCGGCGAGUCGUUUGUUGACGGAGCGAUUGACCUCCCUGCUGGCCGAGGUGGACGCCAUCGAGGCGGACAGCGUCAAACCGCUGGACGACUGCCAGAGCCUCAUUGAGCACGGCGUGGGCCAGGCUGACGAGCUGCUGCGAGAGGGGGAAGCAGCUCUGCGUUGUGGUCUUGGGGAGAAGGAGGACAAGCUGGGCAGUUUCACCAAGAAGGCCAUGCACAUCCAGCUGGACAGCCUGCCGGAGGUGCCAGCGCUGGUGGACGUCCCGAGUGUUUCCGCCCAGCUGGACGACUCCCUGCUGGGUCUGCUGAGGGACCGUGUGUCCCGCCACGGCUCCGUCUCCUCCCACCCGCCCGUCCAGAUUGAAGAGCUGCAGGAGAGACCCGGCAGCAUCCUGGUCCGCUGGUGCAAGGUGGACGAGGACUUCGCAGCGGCAGAUUACCGGCUGCAGUACCGGCGGUCUGGCAGCGGGGGGAGCCAGUAUGAGGACGCCUACAUCGGUCGGGACUGCGAGUUCCUGGUUCUCCACCUCGACCCUCACACCGAUUAUCUGUUCAGGGUCUGCGCCCGCGGGGAGGGUCGCACCGAGUGGAGCCCCUGGAGCAUCCCACAGACCGGACACACCACCCUGGCACCUCACGAGUGGUGUCCGGGCACUGAGGGCUACAUCCUGAGCAGCAGGAGAAACAUCGCUCUGCGCAACGACUCCUCCCUGUCGCGCUGCUCCGUCCUUUACUCCAACGCACCCACAUACUUCUGUGGCCAGACUCUGACCUUCAAGAUUUCUGCAGCAGGUCAGACGGAUCGGAGGGACAGUCUGGGCGUGUGUGUGGACAGCCAGAGGGGGGCGGAGUCUCUUCAGAGGGACCAGGCCGUCUGCAUCUCCACCAAUGGUGCCGUGUUUGUCAAUGGUAAGGAGAUGACCAACCAGCUGCCCGCCAUCACCGUGGGCUCCGCUGUCACCUUUGACAUGGAGGUGGUGAACCUGUUUCCCAUCAGCAACAACAACCUGAGCGAGGGCGGCAACUUCAAGCUGAGGGUGACCAUCGGCUCGGGGAACCGGGAGGUGGUGUUCGACUGGCUGGUGGACCAGGCGGUGGACUGCCUCUUCUUCGGCUGCUCUUUUGUCCACUCCGGCUGGAAGGUGCUCGUGUUUUAAAGGCUCGACGGGAGAUGGAUCCUCGAAUCUGCUGGAGUUUCCGAGUCCGUCACGCCGGCUCGGUCUCAGUUUAAACUCUUCUGUCCUGUAGUUUUUCCUCGCGCACCCGACGGGCCGACGGGCCGACGAGUCUGGACCAGUCUGUCAUUUCCCCCCCAGAACAGAUCCUCAGUCAGUACGCCCCUGCAGCUUUCUGCACGAAUCCGUUUCCCCGUGUGCAUGUGAACGCACCGUCUGCAGCUGGGAGGAAACGUGAUUGAUCCCGAUUGAUCCAGACUCUGUUUAAACCCCGUCAGCGUGCACCUGAUGCUCCACCCAACAGCCUCACAAGCCCAGCGAUGGUCCAGGUCUUCCUCGGUCUUCAGGGAGCCACGUCAGAGGACUGAUGUGUGUGUUCGUCACAGCUUCUUGGCUUUUAGCUUGAAUCUCGGCCUUCUGACACAGUCGGCCGUUGUUUACAGCUUGUUUUUUUUUUUUUUUUUAAUCUGGCAUCUCCCUCGCUGUGAGGAAGACUUAUCUGUGCAUCGUCUUCAUUUCGCCAUGGCAACAGGAGGUUCUACUCAUCUUCUUUAGAUUUUUUUAUCUUAACAAAAACCCGUCACUGUGAAAGUCACACCUCAUCUUGUGUUUUUCUUUGCUUCCUAAAGUCUUCAUCUGAGUUUAAAGGGACAGUUCACCAAAAACACAAAGAGGCCUCAGCUCGUCUGUCUGUCAGUAACCAGACAGACGCUUAAAAGAUCAAACUGUGUCUCAUUUCUCUUUUGUUUCCUGUAUUUUUCCUGCUAAUGUCGUGUCUUCAGUUAGCUUAGCUCAAAGUCGGAUCUCUGAGCCAAUCAGAAGCUGUUGGUGAGUUAGCGGAUAAGCUUCACUGUCAGAGCAGCUCGGCUUAUUAUUAUUUAUGUAAAUUCCAACAGUUUUUGGCCCGAAGUCUUUAGAUUGCGACUUACGUUCGUUAUUAUCUCAACACAAAGUGUUUUCUUGCGAUCACAACUUUAAUUUUCACAUUUUAAUACUGUAGCUCUGAUCUGAUGUCGUCCUCGUCUCAGAGGAACGACGCCUUCAAUCCAGAGGUAAUGACACAGGAAGCUGAGCGUUCAGGAGAUCGUCUAACAUGUCUGCGUUUCUCUAUGUUGUUUGUUCGUGAACUGAGUCAUCAGAUGUGAUUCGUCGUGUUUCUGACGGGACGGACGACGUUUCUGGCUGAACUGUCGACUUUAAAAUAAUCAAACUGUUACUUUGAACUGUUUUAGCUUUUCUGCAUCGACAAUCCGAACAGUAUUUACGAAACAUGUUGUUUUAGUGUUUUAGCUCCACGUAUGAGGGCUGGUCAUCGGACCCGAUCAGCCUCAUUCAGUCCAGUUUACACCGUCUGACUCGUUACUGCUGUUAAUUGAGAGGAGGAUUAAUGUGAGUGUCCUCUUCUUCUGUGGUAGUUUGACCUGAGAGCAACAGAAAAACAGAACAGAAAAACAAGGCUUCCUUCCUUAAACUAGUGUCGUGUACAAUAUUUUAACUACAGUAUGUCAAAACAUUGGCAUCAAGCCUCCAGCUCUGUACUCAAACAUCAGAGGGGUGUCUCCUCAUUUCACUCUCAGCAGGAAAAUAAACAAGCAAGUUUCCCAAAAUAUCAAACUUUUCCUUUAAAGACAAAAACUCUCUAACUCUGGUACGUCAUCUUCCAUCAUGGCUUCGCACCAGAUUUCUGUCUCUCCACGAAUGUAUUUGUCUGCUGUCAGUUUGUCUUUGUCGGCCUGUCUGGUGGCGUGAAGGUCGAUGAUGAUGAUGAUGCUUCUGCAGCAUCGUCGGUUGUGCUACAUAUCUUCUGUGAUGCCAAGCAAAGUCGUCUUUUUGCAACAUUUUGUCUCAGAAUAAGUAUUAGUGGGUGUUUCUCCUGCACACAUGGAGGACUGUUGAUGACACAGGAAGCUGUCAUGGCGCACAUUCACCAUCACAGACUCUCUUCAUCUCAUUCUUCAUGGAUGUUUCCUUGUUUUUCAGCUGAUCUGAGGUCAAUGUUUUGUCUUUGUGGAGGACAGUGGAACCCUGCAUGGGUCCAGUCGAUGGUACAGAUUUCCUGAAACCAGUGAACACAACCUGAGUGUCUUCUUCUUCCUGCCUGAAGGAGGGAAACCAGUGACUAAACUGAAGCACUGAAGCAAACCGUGUGCUUCAAAGCGUUUGACUGUCAAAACAGUGACACCUGCUGGUCAAACGUUUGCAUUGCAUUUGUUCUCACUGCUGUCAUCCUUCGUAUUUUGUUCAAUAAAGGUCAAAUCAUGAAAACUGA